AUGGAUGUCAGAGAUAAACCAGUCCUGGAGCGGUGGGUUUACAGAAUAAUUGGAGUAGUCAGAUAUACACCAGUCCUGGAGGGUUAAGUAUAUAAAUGGAUAGUCAGAGGAUACACCAGUCCUGGGGGGUUACAGUACUACUGGAUAGUCAGAGAUACACCAGGCCGGGAGGGUAGGGUACAAAGUCUAUUAUGGACCGUCAGAGAUACACCAGUCCGGAGGGUACAUAUUAUAAUGGAUAGUAGAGAUACACAACCCAGUCAUGGAAGGUUUACAGGAAUAAUGGAUAUCGAGAUACACCAGUUCCCUGGAGGGGUACAGUCAAUAAUUGGUAAACUGGAUUGA